CUCGGCGGAGUGCUAUCUCGGUAACACCAGCCGGGUGGGAAAUUUUGCCCGGCGGGUAGUGAAGUUGGGAAGUGCCGCUUGUGUCGGUGGAGGGCGCUAGGCGAGGAAGAUGCUGCUGGUGCUGUCGGAAGAGCACAAGGAACACCUGGGCUUCCUUCCCCAAGUAGACGGUUCAGUUGUCAAUGAAUUUGGUCGUAUUGCUAUUGAGUUCUUAAGAAAAGGCACAAACCCUAAAGUCUACGAAGGAGCAGCAAGAAAACUUAAUGUUAAUAGUGAGACAAUUCAGCAUGGAGUAGAAGGAUUAACAUACCUUCUCACUGAGAGCUCAAAACUCAUGAUAUCUGAAAUAGAUUUUCAAGACUCGAUACUUGUAUUACAAUUUCCUGAAGAAUUGAAUGCCUUAUUACUUCAGCUGUAUCUUGACAACAGAAAGGAGAUCAGGAAUAUUCUGAGUGAACUAACACCGAAGUUUCCUAGUUAUCAUAAUCUGGAGUGGAGACUAGAUGUGCAGCUUGCCAGCAGAAGUCUGAGGCAACAAAUUAAGCCAGCUGUAACUUUGAAGCUACACCUUAAUGAGAAUGAAAAUCAAACGACAAAAAUACUACAAACUGAUCCUGCCACAUUGCUCCAUCUAAUUCAACAAAUGGAGCAAGCACUGGGAGAAAUGAAAACAAAUCAUUGCAGACGAAUAGUGCGCAACAUCAAAUAGUAUUUUUGUUACAGUAAAAUCUGCAUAAUUAUAGGAAGCAGUGCAUUUGGACCAGUCAGAGCAGUAUUCCAAGAACAUAAAACAAUGUUUACUGGUUGAAGUUGAUUGGGUGCUAUGUUGAUAAUGUUGCUGGAUGCAAGUUAGAAUAACUGUCAUAAACUUUAAUCAUGCAUAAAUAGUUGAUUAUGUGAGCUUUUUCUGUUCCAUGUAUAACAUACAAUGGUUUUUGACCAAUUGUUUCUUUUUCCAUUCUUUAAGAACAAAACAUGUAUAUUAACAUUUUAUAUGUUUUUGGACUUCAGACUUGUUUCUUACAGUUACAGUAUUAUUCUUCAACAAAUUACUGGUUAAUGAAAUAUAACAUUUUGUCAUGCUGUAACUCAACUGAUACUGUGUAAAAAGCAAUAUUACAAAUAUUGCAUUCUAAAAAUUCAUUAAAACGUUCACACAAGUUAUUUUUGUUUGUAUAUUCACGUGUAUAAUUUAGGCAGCUGGGCUUAAAGAAAAGUAUAAAUCAUAAAUCAGAACAAAUAAUGGAUCCUUUAAAAAUAAUUGUUGUCAUGAAUGGAUAUACAUUAUUUUAGUGGAAAUUGUCACAAGUCUGUGUUUAUUCUCCAUUUGGUAUGGAGAAGUCCCAGGUACCCAAAGUCUCUAUCUUUUCCAGAUACAGGAGAAAAGUUAAUCAAGGAGCCUUGGGCUGAAAACUUGGCGAAUACUGGACAUGCUUAUGUUAAACAAAUUAAUAGUCUGAUUUGGGGAUUAUUGAAUAUGAUGGCUGAUUUUAGGGUUUAAGAUGGGAGAAAACAUUUCUAUCCUUUUCUAAGAACAUACAAGGCUUGUUCCUCAUUAUGUAAUAUGCCCAGUCUCUUUCUCAAGCUGCUCACUGCCUUUCCAGGCUAUAAUCUUCAUCUUAAUUAGCAUGACUCUUCAGUGAAAACUUGUUCAAAAAUUAACUUGGUUAAGACAGGACAGCAAUAUAAUCAUAGAUGUAUUUACUUAAAAUUAUCUUAAAAUUAGCCCCCCCCAUGCUCAGUUAUUCCUAUUGAAGUCUGUUAGGGUUGCAAUACCAAUUGAAUAUUUCUGAAGUAGGCAAAUUAUAAAAUUAAAAUAAUUGCAUAUUUAUUUUUAUCUGGCAGAAGACUUCCCUCUACUGUAAUUGUACUGACCAUCCUAUUAUACAUCUAUCUCAAUUAAAAACAAAUCAAUUUAUUUGCUCAGCAUAUUAAAUGUGGCCAGUUUUAAGCUUUAUUAGGGUUUUUUAUGGUUUAAUCUUACUCAUCUGGUAGGUGUCAUA